CUUCUUAACAGUCGGAACUCGGAAUCGGAAGUGGCGUGAAGCAACGAAACAGCGACACGCCAUCAACAGUACCAUUCAGAUCGGAAUCCCAGUUAGCUCUCUGUGCCCUACCUGUCAGUGACACAGAAAUCCAGUCGGCGGGGCUGCCGCCUGCCGCAUCCUCCCCUCGCCCACCGUCGACGACUUGAUCCCCUCCCACCGUUGAGGCCGCCUCCUCACGGCAGCGAGCCAGCGACUCCUCUCUUCGUCUCCUACAAGUAGCCAGACACCACUCCGACUUUGCCGGCAACCCGUCGACAGCGACGAGGCGCAGCAUAAGGCAUACGGGCACGGCGGCCAUGGCGACCAGCUCCAAACCCGCCGCGCCCGUGGACCCCAUGGUCGUGCUCGCCCACGAGUUCCCCGAGGUGUCAUUCGACUACGACGAGAGGGAUGUAGCGUUGUACGCGCUCGGGGUUGGUGCCUGCGGCGAUGACGCCGUCGACGAGAAGGAGCUUCACUUCGUGUACCACAGGGAUGGGCAGCCACACAUUAAGACCCUUCCUACUUUUGUUUCUUUAUUUCCCAACAAGAACAGCAAUGGGCUUGGAUUUGUUGAUGUGCCUGGCCUUAACUUUGAUGCAAGCCUUCUACUGCAUGGUCAACAAUACAUAGAGAUCUAUAGGCCAAUCCCUUCGUAUGCCAGUGUUGUAAACAGGGUUAAAGUAGCUGGUUUGCACGACAAGGGGAAAGCAACUAUUCUUGAGCUCGAAACUACCACAAGCCUCAAAGAGUCAGGGGAAAUUUUAUGCAUGAACAGGAGUACUAUCUACUUGCGUGGUGCUGGAGGGUUUUCAGACUCUUCACGGCCAUACUCAUAUGCUACCUAUCCUGCUAAUCAAGUUUCUCGCAUUUCUAUUCCAAAUUCGGCACCUUCUGCAGUAUGCGACGACCAGACAAAGCAAUCCCAGGCAUUGUUAUACAGGCUAUCUGGGGAUUACAAUCCUUUGCAUUCAGACCCAGAUAUUGCACAGCUUGCUGGGUUCACCCGUCCAAUCCUGCACGGCCUCUGCACCCUAGGAUUCGCUGCUCGCGCCGUCAUAAAAUCUUUCUGCAACGGCGAACCGACUGCGGUGAAGAGCAUCUUCGGCCGUUUCCUUCUGCACGUCUACCCCGGGGAAACGUUGUCCACUGAGAUGUGGCUUGACGGCCAGAAGGUGCACUACCAAACGAAGGCCAAGGAGCGGAACCGAGCUGUCCUCUCUGGAUAUGUGUUGCUCCAGCACAUCCCCUCGUCAUUGUAAUUGAUUUUUUGUUAAGUCGGUGGGUAAGAAAAAGCUUCUGAACCAAGAGACUCAAGUGAGGUCUGUUCGGUGCCGUCGUUGCUCUGGCCUAGCAAUCGUCAGCCCGUGACCAAUCCAGCGUCAGACUGGACAUUGUCAUUCAUAAAAGUUAGUAUUACGUGUUCCUGCCAGUCUGCUGGGACUUGGCAGCCUGGGAUUCGACGGAAUAUAAGUGAUCAUGCCUCUGAAAAGGACGAUCUGGAGAAAGAAUCUGAGCCACCACAGAGAUUUGUACCACGAUAAGUUGUUCAAUUUAGCUUAAAGUAAGUUGUUUGGACUGUCCAUAGAGAUAAAAAUACUAUAGAAGUAGUAGAAUUAUUAUCAUUGCUAUUCAAGUUACAUUUCCUGAACCAAACAACACCUUCAGUUUAUCCGUAUAUAUAAUCUCUGCCAGAGUUCGCGUGUGCU